UGGUUGGCUGCCUGAGGACGGGUCCCUGGUGGUGCCGGUCAGAGUGGUUGGCGGCAGUGGCUGCUCCUCGGGCUGGGCUGUCAGUCAGUGAGAGGAGGAGGAAGAUGGCUCGCCGGGACCCGUUCUGCUAGUAAGAAGGGGGGCAGGUGGUGCUGCUACUCAGGAGAAAGCCGAGCAGCCGCCGUUGCUGUCGCUGCGAGCCGCCCAAGUCGAGGUUCUGCAGGUGGAGCUCCGGCAGCCUCUCUGGUUGAAGGUUUAGCACCGAUGUGGAAAGAUGUUCACUUCAGAGAAAGGGGUUGUUGAGGAAUGGUUGUCAGAGUUUAAGACGCUACCAGAAACAUCUUUACCAAGUUAUGCCACAAAUUUGAAAGACAAGAGUUCUUUAGUAUCAUCUCUCUAUAAAGUUAUCCAGGAGCCACAAAGUGAGUUGCUAGAACCUGUAUGUCACCAGCUCUUUGAGUUCUAUCGUAGUGGAGAGGAACAGCUGCUUCGAUUUACACUGCAGUUUCUCCCAGAACUGAUUUGGUGCUACCUUGCUGUCUCAGCCAGCAGAAAUGUGCAUCGCAGUGGAUGCAUUGAAGCUCUUCUUCUAGGAGUUUACAAUUUGGAAAUAGUUGACAAACAAGGACAUAGCAAAGUACUGAGUUUUACAAUUCCCUCUUUGUCCAAACCAUCUGUAUAUCAUGAACCUUCCAGCAUUGGGUCCAUGGCUCUGACCGAGAGUGCACUAUCGCAGCAUGGUCUAUCAAAAGUUGUGUACAGUGGACCUCAUCCUCAAAGGGAGAUGCUGACAGCACAGAAUAGGUUUGAAGUGCUGACAUUCCUUUUGUUGUGUUACAACGCUGCCUUAACCUAUAUGCCCAGUGUUUCUCUUCAAUCACUGUGUCAAAUUUGUUCAAGAAUCUGUGUUUGUGGAUAUCCUCGACAACAUGUAAGAAAAUAUAAAAGUAUAAGUAGCAGGAUUCCAGUUUCUUCAGGAUUCAUGGUGCAAAUGUUAACAGGAAUUUAUUUUGCCUUUUAUAAUGGAGAAUGGGAUUUAGCUCAAAAAGCAUUGGAUGAUAUUAUAUAUAGAGCCCAGCUAGAGUUAUAUCCAGAGCCAUUGCUGGUUGCUAAUGCUAUAAAGGCUUCAUUGCCUCAUGGUGCCAUGAAAUCUAGUAAGGAAGGUACAAGGUGCAUUCAAGUUGAAAUCACACCAACUUCCUCUAGAAUAUCAAGAAAUGCAGUUACCAGCAUGUCAAUAAGAGGACAUAGGUGGAAAAGACAUGGAAAUACAGAAUUAACAGGUCAAGAAGAACUGAUGGAAAUAUCUGAAGUUGACGAGGGAUUUUAUUCCAGGGCUGCGUCUAGUACCAGCCAGUCGGGUUUAUCAAAUAGUAGUCACAAUUGUAGUAACAAGACAAGUGUAGGAAAGAACCAGAGACGGUCAGGAGGAAGCAAAACUGGAGGAAAAGAGAAAGAAACUAGAGGGGAAUCUUGCAAAGAUCACUUUGCUCGAAAACAAACUCAGAGAGCCCAAAGUGAGAAUCUUGAGCUUCUCUCUUUGAAGAGACUUACUUUAACAACCAGCCAAUCCCUACCUAAGCCUAGUAGCCAUGGUUUGGCUAAGACCGCGGCGACUGUAUUUAGUAAAUCCUUUGAACAAGUCAGCGGUGUCACAGUCCCAUACAAUCCAUCAUCUGCUGUUGGUUGUGGGACUGGGACAGAUGCCAAUAGGUUUUCCGCUUGUAGCCUCCAAGAAGAAAAGCUUAUUUAUGUUUCAGAAAGAACGGAACUUCUAAUGAAGCAUCAAUCAGGUCAGCAGAGACCUCCUAGUAUUAGCAUUACUCUAUCCACAGAUUAAUUUGUAAACUAUUUUUCUCCCAUAACCAGUGAAUCUGAAAAUACGACUUUGCUUCUUUAUGAAAGUUCCCUGAGUCUUUUUCAUCCAUGUCCCUGACUGGAGCUCUGAUGUCUUAAAUUCUGAAGGCUCCUCUGACUUUAUGAAGGAAUAAUGUCUAGGUUGCACUAAGUUAAAAUAUGGUUUUGUUAUUUCUUUGGUUGUGAUUUUUCCCCCCUUGGUUUGAGUUUUUUUCUUUUUUUCUUUUUUAAUUGUUACUGUUGCCCUUAGAUUAUCAGUGUAACAAUAAAUUUUGGCAGGUUAUCUAA